AUGGUUUGCCAAGCGCCGGGGGCGAUUCGCGGCCCUCGCGCAAGUGGCAGCGGCAGGGAUGAAGAUGACAAUUUUGUGUGGGGAUUAAUGGGUUUCAUUAGCUUUCUGCCCCUAUUCAAUUGGCUGGCCUGGGUGCUAGCGGCCAUCAGCGAUGAAGACCGCGCGGCACUGUACGGCGUCUACGCGGCGCUGUACGGCUCUCCACUGCUGCUUAGAGGGCUCGAUUGGCAGGACCCUUGGAUGGUGUUCAUGCUGGUGCUAUGCGUCGUACACGUACAGGCGGAGCGCAUCGCUCAGACUGAACCCGAGGCUCUUCGCUCCAUCCGCCCCGUGGGGCUGGCGGGCGCAGCUCUACGUGGUGUGAUGCGCGGCACGGGCUCACUGGUGACCGGGCUGGGUGGAGUGAUCGUGGAGGACGCCAAGCGCGCUGUACGACGCCCCGGUGGCAGCAGUAGCAGCAGCAGUAGCAGCACCCCGCCGGCGGAGCUGGGACCGGGCGAGGAUCGGCUGCAGCUGGAACAAGAUCCAGAUCUGCUUGGAUCCAAAUCUGGAGUUGGUCAGCAACAGCUCCUGGAUCCACGGAGGGAUCCAACACGGAAUCCGGAACUGGAAGACUUUGCGAAGCUGGAGCUUCGCCAGUUUGAUGAACAGCUCAGGCAGGCGGAGCAGCGGCGGCGCCUGGGGACCCGAGAUGGCGGCGGCGGCGGCGGCCGCGGUAGCGGGGCUGGCGGAGGUGGCGGGGGUGCCGGCGGCGAUUGA